UCAGCACUUCCGGAUCUUUGCCCCAUUUUCUCCUUGGUUGCUAUAGAUGCCGCCGGGCACGCCGGGGCCAUGUCUGACACUUGGAGCUCGAUCCAGGCUCACAAGAAGCAGCUGGACUCGCUGCGGGAGCGGCUGCAGCGGAGGCGCAAACAGGAGCCUCUGGACCUCAGGAAUCCAGACCUGGUGCUCAGCCCUCCCUUCCGCAGUGACAGUCCAGUGCCUUCCUCCAUCACCCCCAGCACUGCCACAGAGCCAGGAGAUUUAGUGACUGACCCUGAAUUAGAGAAGAAGAUCCUCCAUCACCUUUCGGACCUGGGGCUGGCGCUGCCCACGGAUGCUUUAACUAUAUGCCAAGCCAUUUUCACGGGCUGGGACUUAGAAACUAAGCUUGUUGAUGGCGUGAUCCUUGUGCUCUUGCAGGCUGAAGAAGCCCCUGCCAACCAACGGAGUGUGGAGAGCCUCUUGCAGAAAUUUGCUGCCCAGGAACUCAUUGAAGUGAAGCGUGGGCUCCUCCAAGAUGACGGCCAGCCCAUGCUGGUCACGUACGCCGACCACUCCAAGCUCUCAGCCAUGAUGGGGGCCGUGGCUGAGAAGAAGGGCUUGGCAGAAGGAGCAAAGAGGCGAGCAGAGCAGGAUGCUGGGAUUUCCGUCUCUGCUCCAGGAGCUUCUCCCUUGACUUUGGCCAGUUCUGAGCCUCUCAAAGAGCCACCCAAGAAGUCACGCAAGCAGGCCUCUGACCUUGAUCUGGAGAUUGAAAGCCUGCUGAGCCAGCAAUCCACAAAGGAGCAGCAGAGCAAGAAGGUGAGUCAAGAAAUUCUGGAGCUGCUGAACACAACAACAGCCAAGGAGCAGUCCAUUGUGGAAAAGUUUCGUUCACGGGGCCGGGCACAAGUCCAGGAGUUCUGUGAUUACGGAACCAAGGAGGAAUGCAUGAAGGCCAGCGAUGCUGAGCGCCCCUGCCGGAAGCUGCACUUCCGCCGCAUCAUCAACAAACACACGGACGAGUCCCUAGGUGACUGCUCCUUUCUCAACACCUGUUUCCACAUGGACACCUGCAAGUAUGUGCACUAUGAGAUCGACGCCUGCACAGACCUGGACGCCCCUUGCGGGCGGGAACUUCAUUCGGGCCAAGAGCUGGCACUGCCACAAGGUGUGGGGAGAGAUCCCAGCGUGGACCGCCUCUUCCCCCCACAGUGGAUUUGUUGCGACAUUCGCUACCUUGAUGUGAGCAUCUUGGGCAAGUUCGCUGUGGUGAUGGCUGACCCACCCUGGGACAUCCACAUGGAACUUCCCUACGGGACACUCACAGAUGACGAGAUGAGGCGUCUCAACAUCCCUGUGCUGCAGGACGAGGGGUUCCUCUUUCUCUGGGUUACGGGCCGAGCCAUGGAAUUAGGCCGCGAGUGUCUUAAUCUAUGGGGGUAUGAGCGGGUGGAUGAGAUCAUCUGGGUGAAAACCAACCAGCUGCAGCGUAUUAUCCGGACAGGACGGACAGGCCAUUGGCUCAAUCAUGGCAAGGAGCACUGCUUGGUCGGGGUUAAAGGAAACCCCCAGGGCUUCAACAGAGGUCUCGACUGUGACGUCAUUGUGGCAGAGGUUCGCUCCACUAGCCACAAGCCAGACGAGAUUUAUGGCAUGAUCGAGCGGCUUUCUCCAGGAACCCGCAAGAUUGAGCUCUUUGGGCGACCUCACAACGUGCAACCCAACUGGAUCACACUUGGCAACCAGCUGGAUGGGAUCCAUUUGCUGGACCCUGAUGUGGUGGCUCAAUUCAAGCAACGCUACCCAGAUGGAAUCAUCUCAAAGCCCAAGAACAUGUAAUGAGGGAAGAGAGAUUACAAUGGACCAAUAGAAGAGAGACUACAGCAGACUCCCGUUGUUUGUUUUGGAAGGAAAAUGGGAGGCAAUACGAGAAGAGUGUAUAUUCUAAUCUUUAGGUUUU